CGCUUAUAGUGGGUUAAUUAGCGUGUUUGUUUUCUUACCUGGCAACGUCCAACGGUCUACUCCACCAUUCCGCUUUAACUGACAGCUCUGUUGUUAUGUUUUUCUUUUCUACCAAAUAUAGUGAACUGCAUAAAGACAAAAAUUUGGAAAAGAAAAACUUUAAUUUCACUUUCACUACUCUAAACAACUAUUUCCGUUUCGAGAGUAAAACAAAAGCCGCCAAUUGCUCAAAGUGGACAACUUGGCAUAUAAUUUGUGUUGUUGGGGUAUAGAGGAACAAUGUCAUUUCGAUGUGCAGUUUUACUAGUUAACAGUAGCAAAACGGUGGGCUAAGAGGGUUUGUUGAAAAUAAUAAGCACAGUUAGUCAGUGACUGGGCAAACGAAUUGAACAAGUGUCCAAUAUACGGAUUUUGAUGUGGUGCGGAUGUAGUUGAAGUUUAUUUCUAUUAAGUGUAAUAAAGAUAUUUUAUUUUUCGGUGCUUAGAGUUGUUGGCAAUAACUUAAGCCUUAAUUUUUACAACCAACAAAUACUCGCCAAAGUCAUACUAUAAAAAGUGCUUUUGAGAACAAUUCCAAACUCGAUGAUUGCUACGCCUUUGCACGAGCAAAUUUUCGCCAACAACCUAUAGCCUCUUCCCCCACUACGCAACUUGCAACUCACAUGCCUGUCGCAAUGGGUAAUUAUGAUAAUGACGGUAAAAGAUCAACAGCUUUGGGUAGCUGCAUGUCGGCACUGAAAUGGAUACCAGUCAUAUUCAUCGCUGCUGUCAUUGCAUGGUCCUACUACGCUUAUGUCGUACAACUUUGCUUAUUAUCCAUCGAAAACACCUUCGAACAAAUCGUAUUUCUCAUAUUUUAUCAUAUAAUAUGUGUGCUAUUCUUCUGGUCCUAUUGGAAUACCAUAUUCACACCAGUCGGUACAGUGCCGUCGAAUUGGCGCAUACCGGAAACAGAUAUUGAACAUAUUUUCCAUGCAGACACACAGGACCAACAAAAGCGUAUAUUAGAAAACUUUGCCAAAACGCUGCCAGUCACAAAUCGUACGCUAAAUGGUUCAGUGCGUUUUUGUGAAAAAUGCAAAAUAAUUAAACCGGAUCGUGCACAUCAUUGCAGUGUUUGUGGUGCUUGUGUACUCAAAAUGGAUCAUCACUGUCCGUGGGUGAAUAAUUGUGUCAACUUUACAAAUUACAAAUAUUUUGUACUCUUUUUGGGCUAUGCGUUACUUUACUGUCUGUAUGUGGCCUUAACAUCGUUGGAAUAUUUUAUACGUUUCUGGCGGUCGGACCUUUCACAACAGGGCGAUUUAAAUGGUGGCAUGGGACGUUUUCACAUACUAUUCCUGUUCUUUGUAUCGCUGAUGUUUGCCAUAAGUUUGGUGAGCCUGUUCGGUUAUCAUGUCUACUUGACGCUCAUGAAUCGCACAACGUUAGAAGCUUUUCGUGCGCCCAUAUUCCGCAUUGGCGGUCCAGAUAAGAAUGGCUAUAAUUUGGGUAAAUACGCCAAUUUCCAAGAAGUGUUUGGCGAUAAUUGGAAAUUGUGGUUUCUGCCAGUCUAUACGAGUGUCGGCGAUGGAUUAUCAUAUACCACACAAAAGCAACAUCAGAUGCAAUCAUACGAUUCCAUGGGCGAUACCAGCGCACAAAGAACCAGGCAAAACUUUAGUCAACAUCAUCAACUGCUACAUGAAGACGGUGUAGGGCCAUUAGAUGACACUAUCGCUUCAGCAUCUGUAGCUUCCACGGUAACAGUCAAAUCGGAUGGCACUGAGGCCAAUGACGGCGGCAUGGUCACCAUAAUACCUGUACGGCCAAUGGUGGAGAGAACAACAGCGACACAUGAAGUUGAGGUUGCAUUUAACGGGCCCACAUUGGACACAACCAAUGGCAAUGUAGUCAUCAAUAUGAGAAAUAUUGAAAGUAUAAAUGACGAGCACCAGCAGCAGCAGCACGAGCACCAACAUCAGCAUCAGCACGAGCACCAACAUCAGCAUCAGCAUCAGCAAAAUCACGAAGUUGUUUAGAUGUGUAGUUUUGAGCGUAGCUGGCACAUGCAUACAAACAUAUCUGCAUAUAUGCUGCAACUUUAACUAAAUAGCGAUUAGAUUUAUAAGAAAAUCAAACAAAUGAAUUAUACACUGCGACGUCAUGUGACAUUAGCAUUUAGCAGUUGCGCAAACUAUUAUCCUUAAAUUUUAGCUAAAUAUGUAGUCGAGUAUUUUAUAAGCCAUGGAAUUGAAAUAUCAAUGUCGAUUUCAAUCGAUUGCAAUAACGGUCUAAGGCCUUAUUUACUAAAAAAAAUAACACACAUUUUAUUACUAGCACUUGAAGCAAAUUUUUUGAAAGAAAAAUUAUAGAAAAACUAAAUUUAUUAAAAUAAGUAUGUUCAAUUUGUAACAGUGAUUAAAAAAAGUAUGUCAAACGCACAUUGAGCAUUUCAGUAGUAGUAUUCUGUUAUUCAACAACAUGGAAUUAUGAAAUUUAAUUUUUUUUCCAGCGCAAAAAUGCGUAUUCAGCUUAGCUUGCAUGAUUUUGAACGCAUUUUUUAAUCAAUUUUACUUGCCAUUUUGAACGCAGUGUUGUUGAGUUUCAGUCGGCUACAGUUAGGGCGUUUUUAAGGAAAUAAAAAGUGCAUUUAUAUUUAGAUUUAAGCGUUUUCUCUAAAACAACUUUGGUUAGCUAAGCGACUUAGAAUUAAAAAAUGUAAUUUUUCUUUUUGGGAAAUAGCAUGUAAAUUUGAAAAUUUAAUAUUUGUGAAAAUGCGUAAGCAUUUAAAACAUUUUUUUCUUUUUAAUGAAAUAUUGACAAUGCAGCAAUAAUAGUUUGAAUAACUAACUGUUGUGCUAAGAGAAAUUUUUUAAUUUAAAAUUUAAAAUUAUAUUUUUCAACUGAAACCGAUUUUAAUUCAAAAGUUAAUUUCAAUGUAUUUAUAAUGAACAAAUGCUGAUUACGACUACAUGACAUAUGUACAUGCAUACAUAUGUAAACACUAGACAACAGUGUUAAUAAAUACAUUUAUAUAAUUUAUUGUUUAUUAGCAUUAGCUUUCGAUAUGUGCAUUCAAAAUUCAUAUUAUUUUGUAUUUCAUUAGAAUUAAUUUCAUUUUUAAUUAUUAAAUU